GCGGAGAUAUUUUUCCACGGGAGAGAGAAAGGGGUGUAGGUCCCACAAGACGCGUGUCGUGCGGGCGAGGCAGCUGUCGAGCAAGCCCUGCAUCCGGAUGACACAAAGGAGUUUUCAUAGAUUAUCUCCGGUACAUUGUCAGAGUUGGGGAGUUGGGUUUUGACAGCUUCAUCAAAUUCAAGUAAAAUAUAGUCCGCUCCCGGAGUGGAGUUCGAGGAGCGGAGAGAAACUGAACGCAACCUUAUUCAGUUAUUCCGAAUCACUAUGCUAAUUGUAUUAGUACUUGAAUGCAGCUAUGUACGUACAUAGAAGUGACGGUGGCCAGCUUGUGCUUAAUGUUGAGUCACAAGCACAUGUAUUGCACGCUUUUGUCAACACUGGGUACAUAGAUAGGUUCUUCAUCUUGGCAUUUACCUUAGCGCACAUGGGUUUCGAAUCAGCUUCGUCUAGAUGGACAGGCUUCUCGUAGGUACGGACGCGUGCGUGGCAAGCCGUGUCCUUUCUUAUUCUACGUGGCGCCCAGUACGAGCUCCGCCCGCGACGUGUCCUGCCUGCGGGCUCUAUCCGAAAGUCCAGUGUUUGUUUGAGCAGCAACCAUGGCCUCCAACCAGGACAAGGCAAGCUACCGCGCCGGCGAGGCCAAGGCCCACACCGAGGAGAAGGCCGGACAGGUGACCGGCGCGACCAAGGACAAGGCGUGCGAGGCCAAGGACCGGGCGUGUGACGCGACGGGGAAGGGGCAGGGCGCCGUGGAGGCCACGAAGCAGAAGGCCGGCGAGGCAGGGCAGAAGACGUCCGAGACGGCCCAGGCCGCCAAGGACCGGGCCGCCGAGGGCAAGGACCAGACCGGCAGCUACCUCGGCCGCACGGCCGAGGCGGCCAAGCAGAAGGCCUCCGAGGCGACGGGGUACACGCAGGACAGGGCCUCCGACGCGGCGCAGUACACCAAGGACUCCGCCGUCGCCGGCAAGGACAAGACCGGCAGCGUCCUCAGCCAGGCCGGCGAGCAGGUGAAGAACGCGGUGGUCGGCGCGAAAGACGCGGUGGCGAGCACGCUGGGGAUGGGGGGAGACAGCACCUCCAGCGAAACCAAGGACGCGAGCACCACCGAGACCAUCACAAAGAGCCGCCACUAGAUAUAUACCUGUCGCGGUUGCAUAAUGCUUUCUUUCCUUUUAGUUCCUCUGGAGCUCCACAUUCCUGUGGUGUGUCCGAGUCCGUAUGUCGACGUCGGGCGAGAAUGUCUGACUGACGAGAGAUGUAUCUUGGUGUUCAGAGUUCUCGUUUUAAGUUCCACAAAUGGUGUAAUAAUAACAAUAAUAAUAAAGUACCCCGUACUGUAA